GGGGGCGGGGCAGAGGAGGGCACAAAGCGCGGUCGCCAGCAGCGGUAAAAGGCAAUUGGUCGCCCGGCCUAGCCACGUGACCCCUGGGGGUUUCCAUAGAAACGCUUCUCUGCGGUCCAGUCUCGGGGGUCUUAGGUUGGCUGCGAUGGACAUUGGAGGCGGUUGGCCUUGGUUUUUGCUUUCACUGCCGCUGCCAACGACCUGUCAUCGGGGUCCUGCGUAAGGUCCGGCUGGGCCGGGCUUGCGUGUGAGGUGGGAUGGACUGGUUGUCGGACCAAGUCCCCUGCAGUUGGCAGGAGUAUGGGGCGGAGUGAUGCACUGCCGGGCGCCCAGCAUCGUUCCACUUGUCGGAGACAUUGCUUCGGAAGGCGUUCUGCUCGUGGCUGCGUGCCCGAGCCGGGAGCCCCUUUCCAGGGGUUGGAACGACGCAGCGCGGCCAGCGGGAGAUCCCCAAGGACAGAAUCGAAAGGUCGCAUCUUAUCUGUCAGUGCUGUGUGACAGCACCGCGACGGCACCUGCGGAGCCCGAACUAGGUUCGUAAUGCCUCCUGCCUGGCUCUUUCAAGAUGCAGGGGCAACCUGUGGGAGAGCCUGCUCAAGUGGUGUCUAAAUUCAAACCUUCCACCAAGGUGGAGGGCACAGGACACUGGCUGGAGGAAGAUCAUGCUCGAAUAUGGGACGUUUUAAAGACAGAGGAGAGCUCGAUUCAGGACUGGGGUGAAGAGGUAGAGGAAGGAGCCGUUUACCAUGUCACCCUGAAAAGAGUCCAGAUCCAACAGGCUGCCAAUAAAGGAGCAAGAUGGCUAGGGGUUGAAGGGGACCAGCUCCCUCCGGGACACACGGUCAGUCAGUACGAGACCUGCAAGAUCAGGACCAUAAAAGCUGGCACGUUGCAGAAGCUUGUGGAGAACCUGCUGACAGCUUUCGGGGACAAUGACUUCACCUACAUCAGCAUCUUCCUGUCGACGUACAGAGGCUUUGCCUCCACCAAAGAAGUGUUGGGACUACUGCUGGACAGGUACGGGGACCUGGCGAGCCCCAGCUGGGAAGAGGACGGAAGCCCGAGCUCGUCCGAGUCCAAGGCGGUGAUCCGGAACGCCAUCGCCUCCAUCCUCAGGGCCUGGCUGGACCAAUGCGCAGAGGACUUCCGAGAGCCCCCUCACUUCCCGUGCUUGCAGAAGCUGCUGGAUUAUCUCAAACAGAGGAUGCCCGGCUCUGACCCGGAGAGAAGAGCACAGAAUCUCCUUGAGCAGUUCCAGAAGCAAGAAGUGGAAACUGACAAUGGGUUCCCCAGCACCACGCCCUGCCGCCUGGAAGAGGAAGAGGAGCCGGAGACCGGAGGGUCCGCAGAGUUCACGUGCUUCUCCGAGGACCUCGUGGCAGAGCAGCUGACCUACAUGGAUGCACAACUCUUCAAGAAAGUCGUGCCUCACCACUGCCUGGGCUGCAUUUGGUCUCAGCGGGACAAGAAGGAGAACAAGCACUUGGCUCCCACCAUCCGUGCCACCAUCUCCCAGUUCAAUACCCUCACCAAGUGCGUCGUCAGCACCAUCCUGGGGGGCAAAGAGCUCAAGACCCAGCAGAGAGCCAGAAUCAUCGAGAAGUGGAUUAACAUUGCUCACGAAUGCAGAAUCCUGAAGAAUUUUUCCUCCUUGCGGGCCAUCGUGUCGGCGCUGCAGUCCAAUUCCAUCUAUCGGUUAAAAAAGACCUGGGCUGCGGUCCCAAAAGACCGGAUGCUAAUGUUUGAAGAGCUUUCAGAUAUCUUCUCGGACCAUAACAACCACCUGACCAGCCGGGAGCUACUGAUGAAGGAAGGAACCUCAAAAUUUGCAAACCUGGACAGCAGUGUCAAAGAGAACCAGAAGCGGACUCAGAGGCGACUUCAGCUCCAGAAGGACAUGGGCGUGAUGCAGGGCACCGUGCCCUACCUGGGCACCUUCCUGACCGACCUGACCAUGCUGGACACCGCCCUUCAGGACUACAUCGAGGGUGGACUGAUAAACUUUGAGAAAAGGAGAAGGGAGUUUGAAGUGAUCGCCCAGAUAAAGCUCUUACAAUCUGCCUGCAACAGCUACUGCAUGGCCCCAGAGCCCAAGUUCAUCCAGUGGUUCCAGAGGCAGCAGCUCCUGACGGAGGAGGAGAGCUACGCCCUGUCCUGUGAGAUCGAAGCGGCGCCCGACGCCAGCGCCACCUCGCCCAAGCCUCGCAAGAGCAUGGUGAAGAGGCUCAGCCUGCUGUUCCUGGGGUCGGACAUUAUCACCAGUAGCACUCCCGCCAAGGAGCAGCCCAAGUCCACCGCCAGCGGGAGCUCUGGCGAAAGCAUGGACUCCGUCAGCGUGUCGUCCUGCGAGUCGAACCACUCAGAGGCCGAGGAGAGCUCCAUCACGCCCAUGGACACGCCCGAUGAGCCUCAGAAAAAGCUCUCCGAGUCAUCCUCAUCGUGCUCCUCCAUCCAUUCCAUGGACACCAGCUCCUCAGGGAUGUCGUCCUUAGCCAACCCCCUGUCCUCCCCUCCGCCCUGCAACAACAACCCCAAAGUCCACAAGCGCUCCGUCUCCGUGACUUCCAUUACCUCGACGGCGCCGCCUCCCGUGUACAACCAGCAGCUCGAGGACUCCUGCAUCAUCCGCAUCAGCGUGGAGGACAACAACGGCAACAUGUACAAGAGCAUCAUGUUGACGAGCCAGGACAAAACCCCCGCCGUGAUCCAGAGGGCGAUGCUGAAGCACAACCUGGACUCCGACCCGGCCGAGGAGUACGAGCUGGUGCAGGUCAUCUCGGAGGACAAAGAGCUCGUGAUCCCAGACUCGGCGAACGUCUUCUAUGCCAUGAACAGCCAAGUGAACUUUGACUUCAUUCUACGCAAGAAGAACGCCACGGACGACCAAGUGAAACUGCGUAGCCGCACCAGCCUGACCUUGCCCAGGACAGCUAAGCGGGGCUGCUGGAGCAACAGACACAGCAAAAUCACCCUCUGAAGAGGGGACCGCCGGCCCCGUGCUCGCCCACGGCGGCAGGGCGGGGCUGCGGACAUGCCGCGGGGACUGCAACUACCAUCCAGUGUUAGAGGGUCCUCAGUGACGUCAGCAGACACUCACUGAGCACCCGCGGUGCACAAGGCCUCGAGGGGAAAUCGGAGGUGAAUCUGCCACGAAGAGGAGGAACGGUUCACCGAUUCUCCUCGACCCAUCUGAGACUGAAACUCGAAGUUACCCACACUUAUAUAUAUUACACAUAUCUGGUAUGUAUGUGUACAUAUAAAAUAUAUGAGAGACUUGGAUAUUCUGGAUUACAGAAACAACAAAUUUGCACAAUGGCCUGGGAAGUUGAGGUCACUUUUUACAGGGAGACAGAAGGAACUGAGAACCUGGUUUCCCACCCGAAGAGUAAGUGGAUCCAGUCCUGGGGAUGCAGAGUGUCCUUGUGCCAGUAUUACUCGAAGUCCAGACUGUUCCUCUUAAGGGAGAGGAUGAGUUUCUCGGUCAGGAGCCACCAGGGGAGCAGCUGCAGGGGUGGGCAGUGCCACGGGCUCCACGGGAGGCCGCUGUGGGGAGGGCUCGGACGAGCCCGUGGCUGCCGGCCUCUGCCCACACCCCAGCCUCCGGCAGCCCCAGGGAGGCAGGGAGGAGCCUCGGAGGCCCCAGCCCGUCCCCCUGUCCAGCGUCUGACACUUGUGGAGUCCACACGGGCCCGUCCUGAUGCGUGGCAGCCGCGCCGUGUUUCUGGUCCCCCCCGACGGGCACGUCACAGCCGUCACUGCGCCAGUAGCCACGUUCUCGGGAGACGCAGCCUUUGCCCAUUGCCUUCUGCAUGUGAAACUCCGUGUCUGGAGCCUUUUGCCGUCUGGACUGCAGCAGCUCUGUGUUAUGUGCAAUCUGUUCCUCAGGUGUAGAAAGUCCUACUGCAACUGACUCUUAUCUGAUCACUUUGAGCCUGUGAAAGAUUUCUAAGCAGGGCUGCUCCGUCAACAGCCCCUCGAAAGACGCUGCCCGAAGACCGCAGCGCCCUGUUUUACGUACUAACUUUUGUAGCAUUACUGCGUGGCAUCACAGGGCGGGGCAGGGCGGGGAGGGCACGGGGCUGCAUUCCUGGGGGCCCCCCCCUGCUCUCCCGGAUGGAUUCAGUAACAUUUUCCUCCAGGUCCCCACUCUUGCUGUCGCAGCGUCGCUGUCCCGUGACUGUCCCCUUCCAGAUCUGAGCUGUGCUGGGGUUUGAACUAAAAAGCCAUAUGUGAGAGGUUGACAUGUGUAAGAAGCACUUUCAGAAGGUUGCCCUUUUUAAGGAAAAAAAAAAUUCUCAAAAUACCAGUUUUUAUUCCAAAAAUAAAGAACGAAACCACAUAUGAAGUGUAGAUGGUGACGUGGAGCUUUCUUUCCCCCCAAUCCUGUGGGACAGCCCCCAGAGGUUCCGUGGGGUUUACGUGCCGUGAACAGCCGAGGGAACCUGGGGAGACACCAGGGAGGGUGGAGGGGCUCGUGGCCGUGGACCGAAGCCGUCGCUUCCCCCCUCCGUCUUCCUUCGAGACCCGUCUGCGCGUCACCAGGACCCGCGGGACACAGAGUCGAAAGCACUUCCUUCUGUUUGCAAGGCCCGUCCCGUCGGAGCUCCUGUGCCCGGAGUCGAGGUGGCCGGGGCGCUAGACAUCGUGGACACUGAAGUGAGUGGCGCCUCGGCCCGAAUUCCGUGGUUUGCAGGUCAGAAAGGACGUGGAGGACUGUCGGCCUCGUGGAGAGCGCGCGCAGCCACGGCGACCCCCGCCCCCCCGACCCUGUGCCCACGUGCUCGCCCUGGGUGUCUAUACUGUACAUGUAGAGUCUAGAUUUAUAUACCGCAAUGUAAAAAUAUAUAUAUUUUCCUUUUUUAAAGACAAUGGACAUUCCAAGUAGAUACAACGUACGUAGCCUCCUUAUUUAAUGCCACUUUCAAUGUGUUCAUCGCGCCCCCUGGUGGACAGCCGGGUGCUUUCGGCUGCGCGCGUGCUUGUCUUUCCGCGUCUCCAUCGCCUGUUCACUUCUGGGUUACACCAAUAAACUGGCUGGGACUUGGGCGGCACAGGCUGCCGGCCCCAAAGGGA